CGUCACUCUCUGUUAAUAUCUGAAAACAGAGAAACAACGAAGAAGAGAAAGAAAAAAAAAACAUAUUUCUCCCAAACCGUGUUCUGUUCGCGUAAUCAUCAUCAUCAUAGUUGUUAAAAAGAUUCUUUGUUUGAGAAAACAGAACAAAGGUUUCAACUUUGGUCUCAUCUCAAGCAAAAUUGCUCGAAUCCUAGAGCUCCCACUGGUUUUGAUCUAAGGAAUCAAUCUAGAGGAAAAAGCUCUGUUGUUGUUUCCAGAUCACAAAAAAAUGGCGGAAAGGGUAGAAACGUCAAUUCCAGAAGGUGAAAACACUAUUGAAGAAAGACAUGUAGGAGCUAUGUGGGAACUAGAGCAGAAGCUUGACCAACCCAUGGAUGAAGAAGCUAAUAAGAUCAAUACCAUCAACGGAGAAGGGGGCUACUCGAUGUGGGUGUUACUGAGACUAUCAUUCCAAAGUCUAGGCAUAGUAUACGGAGAUUUAGGGACUUCACCAUUGUAUGUGUUCUACAAUACAUUCCCUGAUGGGAUUGAAGAUAAAGACGAUGUAAUUGGAGCUCUUUCUUUGAUCAUUUACUCUCUUUUGCUUGUUCCUUUGAUCAAAUAUGUCUUCAUUGUCUGCAAAGCUAAUGACAAUGGUCAAGGUGGGACAUUAGCUAUAUACUCGUUGCUUUGUAGACAUGCUAAAGUGGGUUUAAUCCCAAAUCAGCAACGCAGCGAUGAGAAUCUCACUACUUAUAGCCGAACUUUAGUCCCUGAAGGGUCUUUCUCUGCUAAAACAAAGAAGUGGCUGGAAGGUAAACAUUGGAGGAAGAGAGCUCUUCUUGUCAUUGUUCUUCUUGGAACUUGUAUGACCAUUGGUGAUGGUAUCUUAACCCCAGCCAUCUCAGUUCUUUCAGCUACUGGUGGGAUCAAAGUCAACAAUCCAAAGAUGAGCGGCGACAUAGUUGUGGUUGUCUCUAUCGUCAUCUUAAUAGGACUAUUCAGUAUGCAACAUUACGGUACAGACAAAGUAGGCUGGCUCUUUGCACCCAUCGUCUGUAUUUGGCUCCUCUUCAUUGGAGCCACUGGAAUGUACAACAUCUUCAAACACGACACAAGCGUUUUAAAAGCGUUUUCACCAACAUACGUCUACUUAUACUUCAAAAGAAGAGGAAGAGAUGGUUGGAUCUCUCUCGGUGGCAUUCUUCUCAGCAUUACAGGCACAGAGGCACUAUACGCAGACAUUGCUUACUUCCCUUUACUCGCCAUACAGCUCGCUUUCACGUUUUUCGUCUUCCCUUGUCUUCUUCUAGCUUACUGUGGACAAGCUGCGUAUCUUGUCAACCACAAAGAUCAUUACAAAGAUGCUUUCUAUGCAUCUAUCCCUGGAACUGCUGUUGUGCUGGUGAUGCUUAUGACCACAUUGCUAAUGGUUCUCAUCAUGAUACUUGUGUGGAGGUGCCACUGGAGCCUUGUUCUUGUAUUCGCUGUCCUCUCACUAAUUGUGGAGCUGUCUUACUUCUCGGCAGUGAUCUUUAAGUUUAUAGAAGGAGGAUGGGUUCCACUCAUCAUAGCAGCCAUCUCUCUUCUUGUAAUGUCUGUUUGGCAUUACGCAACGGUCAAGAAGUAUGAGUUUGAAGUUCACAGUAAAGUUUCCAUGAGUUGGAUACUUGGUCUUGGUCCUAGCCUUGGUCUUGUUCGUGUCCCAGGGAUAGGUUUGGUCUACACAGAGUUAGCGAGAGGUGUCCCUCACAUCUUCUCUCAUUUCAUCACUAACUUGCCUGCUAUUCACUCGGUUGUAGUCUUUGUCUGCGUUAAGUACCUUCCUGUUUACACCGUCCCUGAAGAAGAGAGGUUUAUUGUCAAAAGGAUAGGACCAAAGACGUUCAGAAUGUUCCGUUGUGUAGCUAGGUAUGGUUACAAAGAUCUGCAUAGGAAAGACGAUGAUUUCGAAACCAAACUGUUCAAUAGCCUCUUCUCAUUCAUCAGAAUCGAAACAAUGAUGGAGCCAGGUGCUAACUCAAGCACAUACAGCAGUGCCUAUUCAGUAAACCAAACACAAGACUCCAGAGAUGCAUUGGUACAUAACAACAACAGCAACAACCACCAUAAUGGUAACAACAACAAUGACAACAAUGAAAACAACAAUAUGGAUAUGUUCUCAUCGAUGGUGGACUACACGGUAUCGACAUUAGACACGAUAGUACCCGUUGAUUCGCCGCAUAACAGGAUGAGUUUCAGGCACAGCAGCACUAUAGAGGAAGAAGAGGAGGAUGAGUUGGAGUUUCUGCAGACUUGUAAAGAGUCAGGUGUUGUUCAUAUCAUGGGAAACACUGUGGUGAAAGCGAGAAGUGGAGCAGGGCUUCCUAAAAAGAUUGCGAUUGAUUAUGUUUAUGCGUUUCUUGCUAAGAUUUGUAGGGAGAAUAGUGUUAUCUUACAUGUUCCUCAUGAAACCCUUUUGAACGUUGGACAAGUCUUUUAUGUUUAGUUUUUUUUUCUUUUUUUUUUGUAAGACAGAUUACAGAUAAAGUGGAAUCAAAGGAUACCAAUUUUUUAACCAUAGAAUGUAUUAUUAUUGGUGAGAAGUUCUCUAUCAAGUUGAGACUGACAUGUACUC